AUGGCGGCCUCCCCUGGCCCACCGUCUACUCGGCCGCCUCGCGGCUCUACUGAUCCCACUUCAGCUACUCCAGGCCGAGUGAUCGAGGCCAAAGACAAAAACUUCCUCGAUCUCACCAUGUCCUCUGACGAUGAGCUGGUUCAGCGCUCCCCGAAGAAGGUCAAGUUGAGCCACCCUCGCUCUAGAAAAAAUGCAGAGAACGCCGCUACUCUUGACCUGCCUGAGACUGGCGCUUCUGUUGAGCCCGGUGCUCCAGCUACGGACUGUGCUCCAUCUGAUGGCAACGCUCCCACUGUCCCUGCAGAUACCGAGGCCGAGUGUCUCGUUGCGACUCCACCUGCUACCAGCCCAACUCUCGGCGCUUGUGAAGAUGCUCCUAUUAGCAUCUCUGAGGGCUCUCUAACUGCCACCCCCGAGCCUGCCUCCCCCGUUCCGGACGCUGCCCCUGCGAAGGAUAAUUUUCCAUCCCGUUGCAGUACUCCAAGCGAUCACUGGUGCGCUGAUGACUAUGGCGUCUUUGACCCCGACGAGAGAGAGAACUUCGCAUUCGCCAGUUAUGAUGGCGACAUCUUCACCGAUCCAAGCGCCUUCAAAGAGCACAUCAUGUACUGGGCCAUGAUGGAGAACGACCGCAAAUUCAGACGACACCUCCAAGAUUGCCUGCGGGGCUCGGCACGCACCUGGUACGAAUCACUGAAUGAGGAAGAGCGCGAAGAUCUCCGUGAAAGUACCCUUGAAGACUGGCUUGAUCUCCUUAUUGCCAAUUUCAGUGCCGACUUUGAUGAUGUCAUGAAGAUCAUCAAAGACGCGCCUUGGGACUGGUCCAAGGUUCGAAAGAAGGUUAAGCCUGAGGAUUGGCUCGAGUAUCUGUAUGGGUGCGCUAGCCAGGUGUCUGAGUAUCAGUGGGAGGCGCUUCAUAUUGCCUGGGAGCAGAUUGACCCGGAGAUGAGAGACGAUGUGCCGGAGCCGGACAGUGAUUGCGAGUACCAGGAUUUCCUGGACUAUCUUGAGCAGGCGAAUGAGGAGUGGCGUGAGACUUUCCGGUUGAAGGGCCUGAAGGAACAAAAGGAACAAAAGGGAAAUAAGGGAAGCAAUGGAAAGAAGGGAACCAGGGGAACCAAGAGAACCAAGGCAAAGACAGGAAAGAGAUGA